AUGUGCUACAUCGUCUACACCAUACACGUGUGCAACCACUGGAUACCCCAACCCCAACCCAACAACGGCCCCAUACUACGCAUAUGCGAAGAAGCCGAGAAGCUACGACUUGGCCACCCUUGCCCGGAAACACAACGAGAGCACAAAGUCAUGAACCGAAGUCAAGGCAUGUGUACAGGCUGCAUGUGGAAGAAAGUCAGCAAGUAA